AUGCCCGCGGAACCCGACUUUGACCGCGAAGACCGCGAGGAUGCCCCAUUCCUAACCCCCGAUUCCAACGCCCCCAGCAGCGCCCACGACCAGCAGCACAAUGGCCAGUCCAAGCCCACACGACCGGUGCCCGCGACGGCCCCCGCCAGUCCCUCCGCCAGCAAGAUCACAUUCCGCCUGAAACUCAUUCUCUUCGUCAUGGUGCUGGCCGUGGAGAUCGGCUUUGCAUUCCUGGAGGGCCCCAUGGUCCGCGUCAUGGAGUCGAUCGCCUGUCGCCAGUAUUAUUCCGAGACAGAUCCGACCAAGAUUCCUGCCAAUGGCCAGGUCCCUGAGGAAAUGUGCAAGUUGGCCGAGAUUCAGGCGGAAUUGGCGGCCGUGAAGGGAUACCAUAUGUUCUUUGAUGGGUUACUAAGCGCGCUCAUGGCUUUUCCCUAUGGUCUGCUGGCAGACCGUCGGGGCCGCAAAUCGACCCUCAUCCUCGGCGUCCCCGGAUUCUUUCUCAACUCGAUCAUUACGAUUGCCGUCCUAUGGUUCUCGGAUAUACUCCCGUUGCGCGCGGUUUGGCUAUCUUCCCUGGCUUGGUUGAUUGGUGGUGGGCCGGUCGUAGCCUUUGCUAUUAUCUGGACAAUGAUGGCCGAUGUAACCAGCGAGGAGGAGAGGGCUGGACUAUUCUUCCAGUUUGCCAUUGUCUCCAUGGGAACCGACUUUGUUUCUAGCGCUGUCGCUUCAUGGCUGAUGACCAUGGACCCCUGGGCUCCGCUACUAAUUGGAUUCGCUAUCGUCAAUGUCGGCUUGUUAUUUAUCUUCAUACUGCCCGAGACGAAACAUGCAAUUCCAGCUCAAAACGUGGAACCGUCCCAUGUGGAGCUCUCCGAUCUCACGGUGGAAUCCGAUCCCAAGCACGCCUACCGCAAGCCCGAGGAGGCAGGACUUUACCACGAUGAAAGCGACAUGGACGUGGACCACGACCACGAUCACGAUCACGAAGCUCAUAUGACAUGGAGCUACCCCACGCAACAACACCCGUCCUUGUGGGCCAAAUGUCGCGCCAACUAUCGCUUCUACAUGAAACCCUAUCUCUUCAUUUUAAACCGCAAGCCCGUGCUUCUUCUUUUAACGGCGUUCUUGGUAUACCGUCUCAGCCGGGGGUCGUCCUGGUUUUUGACUCAGUAUAUUUCCACUCGGUAUCACUGGACGCUCGCGCAGGCCAAUAUGCUCGUGGCCUCCCGCCCAACAGUCUCCAUCCCCAUCUUCCUCUGGGGCCUACCCUAUCUCAAAAAAUACGUCCUCAAUCCUCGCCGCGACUCCACCGACAAAGAUCUGUGGCUCGCUCGCGCAAGCAUCCUCUGCCUCACCCUCGGCACACUAGGAAUCGGUCUCUCCCCCUCCGUCGCCACCCUCAUCCCCAGCAUGAUCAUCCAAACGUCGGGGUCCGGCUUUGUCUUCCUCACCCGCUCAAUCAUCACCACUCUCGUCGAGCGCGACGAAACCGCCCGCCUAUACACCGUCAUCGAGAUCAUCCAGUCCGUUGGCAACAUCGUGGCCAGUUUAUCCAUCACGACGGUCUUCCAGCUUGGACUACGUCUGGGAGGAUUCUGGAUUGGAUUGGCUUGGAUGAUGACCAGUUCGUUAUUUUGCAUGGUGGCGGCUGCUAUUUGGUUCUUCCGGCUGCCACCUUCGCCACAGACGCCGGACAACCACUUCCCCCUCCAGCCACCGCGGACGUUGCAAUGGAGAAGUUCUCCCAGUUUCGGGAUCGAGGCAAGCUCGGGCAUCGCGCCCUUCCUUCCCAUUCCAGCCGAGCCACUCGGCCUCCAGGCGCCCCUCCGAUUGUUCCUGUUUUGCUUUCGGCUGCCUAUAUUCAUCUUUGUCACGAUCUCAUACUUUUUGUUCUUGCAAUGGCUGCCAAUCGGGUCCCUGGGCAAGAAAGCAGCUCUGUGGUGUAUACUAGGCGUGCCCAGUAUUUGGUGGAUUGACCUGCAGGUUGAUGGAGUGAGGAAAGGAUCUCUGUCCAAGCAACAACAAGCUCGUCUCCCCCAGCCAGGCUCAGUCAUCGCGUCCUCAUUUACCUCCCCGAUUGACGCAGUCUACUUGGCCGCCAUCUUCGAUCCCAUCUUCACGGCAUCGUACCCAAAUACCCGACAAGUAGAGCGCAUCUCUCUUCUUCAAGCUAUCCUGCGCGCUUUCGCGCAGCCCUUGACUGAACCUGAGCCCGGCACCAAGCUAGUCGAUGUGUCCACUUUGGUGGAGAAAUACCCCUACCGACCCGUCGUCAUCUUCCCAGAAUGCACCACCACCAACAGUCGGGGUGUUCUACCUCUGAGCCACUCGCUGCUGGGCGUCCCCUCGAAGACCAAGAUCUUCCCUCUCAGUCUUAGAUACACGCCCGUCGACGUGGUCACCCCGCUACCGGGUACCUACGUCAGUUUCCUGUGGACGCUGCUGAGUCGGCCCACGCAUUGCAUCCGCGUGCGCAUUGCAGAAUGCAUCAUGAUUGGACGCAGUGCAUUUGACGCGCCGCCAGCUCGAUCAACUCGAAAGUCCACCUUUAGCACGAAUUACCUCGACACCCUGGACGAGGACACCGCGACUGGUGAUGUCACUGCCAGCGAGAAGGCGCUGCUUGACCAAGUCGGCGAGUCUUUGGCACGUCUGGGCCGGGUUAAGCGUGUUGGACUUGGCGUGGAGGAGAAGCAGGAUUUCGUCCGGAUGUGGAGUAAGACGCGGCGGACUUGGUGA